AUGACUGAUGCAGUGGAACAUGAAUGGGAAUUAAAUCGCGAAAAUAUCCGACCGCUCAGAAGUGGCCGAAGGGUCAAAUCCUUGAAUCGUGUACUUGGUGGUGUCAAAAUCACAAUAAACGAAGCAGAAAAACGCUUCGAGGACGAUUUCAAACAAGCAAAGACAUCAGACAACCCAUUGGAUAUAUGUUUGCGUUAUAUAACCUGGUUCGAAGAACACUUCCCAACAGGAAAGCAGUCACAUCUUUUUUCAAUACUAACUCGCAUAAUCAAUACUUUUGGAUACCGUGAAGAGUUUUUAAAUGACGAAAGGAUGCUCAAAUUUUGGAUAAAAUUAACGGAAAACAAAUCUGAUGCGAAUGUGGAUACAUUCUUUGAACGUGCUUAUCUUGCCGGAUGUUGUCGUCGUUUGGCCAAAUUUUAUAUUAGAUGGGCUGAAAUCCGUGAAAAUUCGCAUGAUAUAAAUGGAGCACGAAUGGUUCUCAAACGUGGUCGAGAACAUUGCGCUGAACCGUUAUACUUAUUAAAUGAAGCAUCGGAUGGCUUGGAAAUGCGGCAAAUUCGGGCAUUGCGAAACUUAAGUGAUAGCGAAAAUAAUUUGAUUGGUGAAACUGAAUUGACUGUGCAGCGAUCAGCACUUGGCCAGCUAGUCGGUUUGGGACUGAAUCAUGAAGCUCCAGUAUUUCGAGAUACAUCUAAAAGGCCAGGUAGUUUGUAUCCAGAUGUUCGGUCACAUCGUUUGGAAGGAACAAAGAAAGAAAAUGCUUUUUUAAUCUAUCAGGGUGAAGAAGCAUUUGAUGAUGAGAAUUUGUUGGUACCAAAAUGUUUCGGAGAUGACUUAGCUCAUGUGGCUUUCAUAAAGAACAAUUGGGACCCCACGAAGUGGACGGAUGCACGAAUUGACAGCAUACCGAAAAAAAAUGAAAUACAUCGGGCCGCUUUUACGGUUUUCGAUGAAAACGAAGGAGAGGUGAAGGUUCGAAAGCAAUCGAAGAGACAUGCACAGUUAAUUGUAUCAAACAAGGUCAUUUCAAUUGAAGAGCUGUUUGCAGAGCGACUGCACUUGUAA